AUGUCGAACCUUACAAAACUUGAAUUACCGGUCCUUGAUAUUACUGGAAAGAACUCUUUGUCUUGGAUGUUAGAUGUUGAAAUUCACCUAGAUACAAAAGACCUUGGUGAUACAAUCAGAGAAGGAAAUAAAGCAACAAGUCAAAACAAAGCUAAGGCUAUGAUAUUUCUUCACCACCACCUCCAUGAGGGUCUUAAGAUUGAGUACUUGACUGUGAAAGAUCCACAAGUCCUUUGGAGUAAUCUAAAGGAAAGAUAUGACCACCAGAAAACUUUUGGAGAGAAAAUCACUGAUGCAGAAAUGCUAGAGAAAACCUACACUACCUUUCAUGCGAAUAAUGUUGUCCUGCAGACACAAUACCGUGAAAAGGAAUUUAAGAAAUAUUCUGAACUUAUAUCUUGUCUCCUUGUGGCUGAGCAAAAUAACGAGCUACUGAUGAAAUAUCAUGAAUCACGUCCAACUGGUUCUACUCCAUUCCCUGAAGCGAAUGCGGCAUACCAUGAUGGGAAAGAAAAAUAUCAUGCCAACAAUAGUGGUCGAGGACGUGGACGUGGACGUGGAUAUGGAUAUGGUCGAGGUCGCGGACGUAGAUACGGAUAUGGUUGA